UCGAGAUAUUUGAUCUUGUAUCAGUGAAUUCAAGGGAGACACAACUAUAACAAUACACGAACCGUCCUGAGUAGAUAUCUCAAAUGAUUUCCAUGGAGAAAGAAAAUCGACUUGUUUAUUAAAUAUGAUCCCUUGCAAACAUCAACAAUGGGUCAGAUGAAAAUCAGAGACUUUCCAUAUGAAAGCGUUGGCAGGAUACAAAUUAUAAAUAACAUCUUUUGUCGAAUAAAUAAUAUAUGUUUAAGUACAUUUAAGAGUUUGUUAAGGCCCGUUUACACGGGCAAAUUGAAUGUCAAAGAUAUUUUGCUCGUGUAGAUGAUAAAUUUGUGACAAAUUUAUUGUGACAAAUGCAUUUAAUUUGAACAAAAGCUAGCAUGCUAGCUUUUGAUCAAAUGCAUUUGAUCAAAUAAAAUUUGUCAAAAUAAAAUUUGCUCGUGUGCUUUACGACAGUAUUAUUUGAAAGCCCUGCACAGUUGUUCUGAUGCAGGACCCAAGAACACGGAGAUCUGUAUGUUUAAAUUGCAACUCUUGUCGAAGUUUGAACACAAUGUUAUCAAUCGUGUAAUUUAACCUGGCGAAAUUGAAUAAAUAAAUACUUUCCAAACAAAGAACUUGCUUAGUUGGUUCGGCCACGGUUCGGCUUCAGUACAGUAUGUUGUUAUGAAAUGCGCUAUUUAGAACAACGAAUUCCAAACAAGCAAGAAAUGCAAUGAAACUCGAGCAUCCUCGAGCAUCUUCGUUCGAGUUUCCGUUGAAAUUAUCAACUUUGCUUCUAUGGCCUGGCAGCAUGUGAACGACAAAAAGAACACAAACGCGCGCAUAAUUGUCAAUUUGACAAGAAGUAUUCCUCGAAACAUUCAAUACAAAUUAUACAAUGACAAAUUGCGAUUAAAGUGCUCUCAAAUUACACUUUUUGCAAUUCAAACCAAUACGUCCGCUCCUUGCCAACGAAUUUUACUAUUGCAAAGUGGAAGCAUUGUAAUUUAGAUUUGUCCAUCCCUCACUUGGUAAUUGAAUAUCCUGGGAGCCACGUGACCAGCCGGCACCAGGGUCUUUCCGCAGCUUGGGGCGUGCGAAGGUAAGAGCCUGGGUACGAGGUUGACACAAAACCUGUCUAGACCGUGAGACGCCCACAUGUUAUUUUUAGACACACAUGCAAUAUGAUUGACAAGUGUUGUAGAUUUCGUUACACAAAAAAAUUAUAUUCUCAUGAACAUGUCCGCAGAGCAUUUUGCUUUUUAAUUAAACUUAAAAAUUCAAGGUACUUUUAUAUAAUUAAUAGUCAGUUUCUCUAUUUAACCGAACAGCAAACAAAGAUUUAAUUAGUCAGUUCUGUGCACGGCUUGACUGCCAAGCUUUCUUAAGGUCUCAACUUGCUGGACGCGGAUAUACUCUAACGACUAACGGGCUAAUAACAGCAACAAUUAAAUUCUCAAUCAUACCACGAAGAAGGCGAUGUAGCUCAGAAAACAACGCCGGUAGGACCUGAUAUUAAAAAUAAGACUUUUGCCGGCGAAGCAAGUUGGCAGAACAUCUUGGCUGUCAACAACAAGCUUUCGAAUACAUGACUUAGUUUGGCUAUUCUUUCGGCGUCGUGUGUCCAAAAUUCGUCAAAGAUUUUGAUGAAGCCCUUUCAAAAUACUGUUUGUUUGAUUUAUUUUCUUCCAUAAAGCAUAAAAGGAAAGAAAUUCGAAGAAAUCGAUAAUGGAAUUUGUUACGUGCGUUUGACCUUUAUAUUAAUUCUCGCCUUGACCGAGCUAUUUUUAAAACUGCUGUUUAUGUGAACUUGCAACCAAUCAAAAUCCUUCAUGAUGCUGAUCAACCAAUCAGAUUUCCCGUCCACCAGGUGGACGGGAAUCCCACACUUUAGAUAGGUUUUGUGUCAGGCCCUAUUCUGUGAUAGGGCCUGAACUUCAGGUUACUGUAAAGGCCAUUUCUGUCGUUAUAGAGACUCCAUAUUUUCAAACAUUUUCGUUCGGCUCGUGAACGUCAUAAAAUCGUUUGAUUUUGGUCAUAUACAAAAGUGCCCCUUUUGGUCAAUGCCCCUCCACUUUCGAAAUGCUUCCGCGGCCUCUGUUGGCACUGUAACAAGUUUGGACAACUUGUAACAAGCUUGAUGCAUGGCAUUAUCAGACCAGUUACAAGGUUGUUCUAACAAGUCUGAUACAGCCCUGAUAUAACAAGAAUGCGACAAGGUUGACGACACAAGAUUGUAACAAUAUUUUUAUAUCAUGACUGUAUCAGACUUGUUAGAACAACCUUGCAAUAAGUUUGAUAAUACAGUAUAUCAACAAGGUUGUUAACAAAUUGUUCCAUACUUAUUUUGUUAAAACAACUUGGCACAGGCAGUACGAAUACAAGUUGUCGAUGGCUUGUUGGCAGACAUGCUACAAGAUGUGAGAUUUUUGCGUGUGUACUAUAGUACCUGCUUGUGUAAUCCUUAUUCGGUCAUCGCUGAUUGACAAAGUAUCAUACUUGUGCAAAGUUUCAUUACCCAUGUGCCUAUAACAUCUCAUGAAAAUACUUUAUUUAAUUCUAGAUCGUGAUCAGUUCCCAUUAUAUACACAAUAUAUCCUAUUGUACUCAAGACUUGGAAGAUCGUUCUGUCCUCGCGUAUAUCGCUAAAGAUCAGAAAGCCAAUGCGCAUUACUGUCAUGUAUUCAAAGCUAAUAGUGCGGUAUGUUGUGCUGAGUUUGUACGCACCGGUCCUUUAAAGUGGCACUCGCGUCAAAAUUUGUAUUUUCUUAAACGAAAGUGCUCUUAAAACUGUGUAGUAACUUGUUUUGAAGAUUUUUGUUCCCAUGCUUAGUUCUUAAGAUAUUUCAUUUUGUUUGUAACCAUGUGACGUCAGUGACUCAAUUACAUAUAUAAUGAGAUAUCAGUAAUUGUUGUGUAUCUUUGCUAUUUUUGAUGGAUUUUUUUAAAAAAAACAGCAUGCUUAAUGAUGUAGGUUAAAUUAAGAAACGCGCUGCAUCUUUGAAAAGAUUUGAUAAAAAAUAGCAAAGAUACACAACAAUUACUGAUAUCUCAUUAUAUAUGCAGUUGAGGCAUUGACGUCACAUGGUUACAAACAAGAUAAAAUAUCUCAAGAACUAAGCUUGGAAACAAAAAUCUUCAAAACAAGUUACUAUACAGUUUUAAGAGCAUUUUCGUUUAAGAAAAUAAACGACAGGAGUGCCACUUUGACGCGAGUGUCAUUUUAAAGGGCACAUGACACGAGAUUUUCUCACCAAUUUUUAUGCAUCACCAGAAAUUACCUUGAAAAUGAUGAAGAAUAAAUGGCCUUUAUUCACAGCUCAUCUCGUUCCCCAGUUAUGGAGCAUUUUGUAUUUCUGUGUUAUGACGUCACUAGCUGUGCUUAAAAUGGCAGCAGAAAGAAAAAAAGUCUAAUAUCUCACGAGUGAUUCAACGAAAUUAAUUGAAAUUUGGUACAGUUUGUAAGUGAACUUAAACAAACAUUUUGGAAUGUUUAUGUGGCUACAAGGUCUCUCUGUCUGUCUAAUUCGGUUUGCUUCCAACAGAAAAGAAAGGAGUUUUUGUGAUUUCCAUUUAUUAUUAUCGUGCUUCUAGGUGCCAUGGUGAAUAUAAACUAUUGAAUUAAAUAAAACUUUCGUUCUAAAGUGCCUGCGGCAGACAUUACUAAAAUAAGAAGAGAGAGACCUGGUAACUAUUGUGUUGCUAUGAUAACCACACAAACGUCCAACAAUCUUUGCUUAAACUAUACCACAUUUCAUUUAAUUUUAUUAAAUCACUUCUGAAAUAUUAGACUUUUUGCAGCCAUCGUAAACACAAAAACAAAAAAAUCGAAUUAAAAUGCCCAAUAACUUGGGAACGAGAUGAGUUAAUAAAUUAUUUGAGUACUGGAAGGUCGCUAUUUUUUACAAAUAUCGUUUUGGCUCACGAAAAAUGCUUCUGAAAUACACCUUUUUGAAAAUAACGACAAACGUGGAAAAACACUUAAUGUGAUGUCCCAUGGGACAAUUUUAGCGACAAUUCGCAAUGCAAAUUCUUGUCGAGCGAAUCAAAUUUCAUGUAACAAUUUGUCCCGCGAGGGACAUCGCAAUAGUAUGUGUUUAUCCCCGUUCGACAUCAUUAUGAAAAGGUCGGUUAAAAUAACCCUUAAAGUAGUUGUCUCAAAUUAGCCUUUCUUACGCCGCUAUUUUUGGGUGGCUUUUCAGCCGAAGUCUGCGAGAUAAGUCCACAUAACAGCGACUUUUUGCUUUAUUUGCUCUGUAGAAGGUUAGUUUAUUUUGAAAAAUUGCUUUUCACAUUGUUUUAAUUGUCUGCAUUGGUUAAUAACGCGAAUUAGAUGCCACCAAAAAAUGGCGGAUAUUCAUCAUCGUGAGAAAGGCUAAUUGAAAACGAAUCACUGCACACUUCAGAUUUAACUAACAGGGUAUUAAUUUUUGUAUUGCAGGCAAUAUCUGACGAAAUUGUAAUGACCUUGGGCCAAGCCUUCGAGGUAUUGAUAGUUUGUUUUCUCCAGUUAUGUUAUGCCAAGGUUGUGAAAACGGUAUGAGAUAACGCAUAGGUCCCAAUCUGUCCCAUGCCCAUGUUAGUUCCCCCAUUACAUGGCAAAGAUCGUAGCUUUCCAGUUUAAUAUUUUCGAUUUGACGUUUACUGUUUGCAUAUAGAUAUUUGCGCAGGUUUGUUUUAAAUAUAUAUAUAUAUAUAUAUAUAUAUAUGCACAAUUAUUUUUAAUAAAAACCUUUCAAAAUUGCAAAGGACGAAUGCAGGUUUAGCUAGGUCUUGUUGUCUCAAGACGGGUAUUCUUAUAUAAAAUUGCUGAACGAACAACGAAAACUGAAUCACACUAUUUUAAUUACUCUAAUGUAUGGAAAAUAGUUAUGUUUUACAGUCCUUAUAUCAAAAUCUAUUGUGUACACAUGCAGUAUGACUGUAAAUUUAACAAGAAAACAAUUUCUUCGAUUUGGUAUGAUUUUUGACACAAAUUAAGGUAAGUACAGACCUUUUUCAUAAUGACGUCAAAUGCAGGUAAUUUCAAAAACACUUUCUCAAGGGACAAUUUGUAGCGACAAUUCGCAAUGCAAAAUGUUGAGUCGCCAUGCACCAACCUAUAUGAACAGGCUUUGUGAUUGGUUGAUGAUAACAAUAAAAAACAAUUAACUAUUAAUAUAGAAAUCACCUUUCUAAAAACGAGUCAUAAACACUGAUCACUAUUGUUUUAUCAAGCCAGUCACAAAACACGAUCAUUUUAGGUUGGUAUAAUUAUUUACUCUUACAAUAUCAUGGCCUCUUCGGGGAAUAGUUACAUGUAUAACUGAGACUGAGUAUCGUUAAGAGUGAAUGAGAGAGUUGGCAGUCACGCUAGCUUGGUUUAUAUUGGUUUUUAAAUGCUUUUACACUCGUCAAUCCUGUAUUUUGUUUGAUCUACAACGCGUGACCACAUGAACUCUCAUCCUCGUUUGACCGGGGCUUUAGCCUGUUUUAAAUAAAUUACUAUUUGGCUCGGUAACGAUUUUCAUUGCGAAUUGUUGUUAAAAAUUUUCUCGUGGGACAUCGUAAUAAAUGUUUAUCCGUGUUUGACGUCCUCAUGAAGAAGGCCUAUACCGUAAACCUCCGAAUAUAAGCUCUUCGUAAGCAAUUUUUUAUGUGUUUUGCUUUGGGGGGGGGGGGUACGGACGAUAUUUGGUGUUAAUAACAAUGUUUAUUGCAUCUGUAUACGUAAACACACAGUAUUGUAUCAUAAACACACAGUAUAUGGUCCUUGGCUUUUCCUUGGUCCUUGACUUUUCCUGGCGAUAAUAAAUAUUGACUUAUGUAUUGCAAAUUCUACGACUAGUGACGUAUGGAAAUUUGCGGACGAUACUUCAGUUUCCAAAGUUAUUCCAAAAGCUCGUGCUUGCUCCCUGCCAGAUAAAGUAAUGUUCAUAAAUGUCAAAUGAUAACAAAUUUCAACUUAACCCUGGUAAAUGCAAAGAGGUCAGGAUAAAAGCAAAAGUUCUGGGUAUGACACUUACCAGUGAUUUGAAAUGGAACAAGCACGUAAGCAAUAUUGUGGAAAAGGCUUCUAAAUGACUUUAUCUAUAGUUAAAACGCAGUUAAAACGCGCUGAAGUGGAAACUAGCUCCUUAUAUAAGUCUAUACCGCGUGUAUUAGAUCAAUUGUUCAGUACGCUUGUCAAGUUUUUCAUUCAAGUCUCCCUAACAACCUGAGUAGUAAUAUAGAGGCCGUUCGACCCCCAUUUUUGAAGCGCUGGAGGUGGUGGAGUGUGGUGGAGGUGGUGGAGUGAGGAGGAGGAGUUAGGAGGAGUAAUGACGUCACUCAUUAACAUACGUCAUAAUGAUAUGCAAUGACGUCACGCGGGCGAGCUUAAACACGAUCAGGCGAAACUUGCUGACUACGCAUUUUUUAGCGUCCCCCACGUGUAUGGUACAAUAGAGGGAUUAAUCUUGGUUUGCUAUGAAUAGCUCGAGUCCCUCACAAGGCAAAAUUGUUAUCGAAAUUAAUAUAUAGCAGUGUUAUAGCCGUAUCUUUGCUAGGAAGAGAUAAAUUUCCACGAGUAUAUUGAAGGUUUUUCCGUAUGUUCCAUAGCGAGGAAUCUAUUCGUCACAAAAAUCAAGACAUAUUUUAAACAGAACUAAACAGUUGCUAAUCCCGGGUUGUCAACGUCGUUGUUAAGGUCAAUAUUAUUAAUAUAUAGCAGAGUUAUAGCCGUAUCUUUGCUCGGAAGAGAUAAAUUUCCACGAGUAUAUUGAAGGAUUUUUCGUAUGUUUACAAAAUUAUAGAGAGGAAUCUAUUCGUCACAAAAAUCAAGACAUAUUUUAAACAGAACUAAACAGUUGCUAAUCCCGGGUUGUCAACGUCGUUGUUAAGGUCAAUAUUUGCAUGUUGUUCAACGUUAUUUAGCAAAUCUUCUACAUACAUAUAUACUGUUAAGAUGACCGAGUCAGAUCAUAAGUAAGCUUAUCAAGAAUAUAAGUUAGAAUUGGAACAGUUGUAAUAUAUUUUGCGAUAAAAACAUGUAGUCGUUAUAUACGUUGUUAUGUGUUGCUAAGUCAUUAGCAAUGCUUGGGUGCAUGCAUAUAUUAACGUACAACAUAUUUGUACACUAAUGAGGCGGGCGGUUUGCGCGGACUGAAAAGCGGGCUUUGCAGGCAAAAGUUUGCACAAGAUUUCAGUUUUAAAAUUCAUUUUUUGCUAUCUUGAGUUAUAUAAACACAUGGAAGUUAAAGGUCAUGAUAUAUAAUUGUCAAGCGAUUUCUAUAUUUUAGUGCUAGGUUUUUAAA